ACUGGUUUGUUAUUCCCUCAUCAGAAGUAAUCUAACGGCAGCAAACCAACAAUGAAGCUAAUUGCACUUUUUGCAGUACUGUGUGUCUUGGGAGCUCAGGCAGCACCAGACCGUAAUCCACGAAUCAUCAAUGGACAAAGUGCACCUCAUCAACCGUAUAAUGCGUAUGUUCUGUACCUGAAUGCCCAAAACGCAGGAUUCUUUGGCGGUGGUUCAAUUAUUUCUGAUCGCCACAUUCUAACUGCUGCCCAGAACAUCCAAGGAUUUAUUCGAUGGGACGUUGGACUAGGAAGUAACAUCUUCACCCAACUUAACACGAUCACUUCAAACAUAGCAGUGUCUCAUCCUCAAUUCAACUCGGCAAACCGAGCAAACGACAUCGGCAUUAUCACCUUGCCUGCAUCCCUCGUAUUCACAUCGACCGUAUCUCCGAUUUCACUUCCAGCACUAGGCCAAAUUUCGAAUGGAUACCCUUUUGAAAAUGAGGAAGGAACCGUCGUUGGCUUCGGUUUCGUAACAGCAGCUUCUACGACCCGAUCGGACUUCUUGAUGCGCGCAUUCCAGCGGGUAAUUCCGAAUAUUCGCUGCCAGCAGCACUAUCAAAUUACGCUCCCAAAUCACUUCUGCGCUGAAGAUACCAUUGAUAUUUCGAAUAUCUGCAAUGGAGAUCUUGGAGCCGGUUUCGUCACUAGUGUCCGCGGUCGCCCAGUCAUUACUGGAAUAGCCUCGCUGAUUACCCAGAGCUGCGGGAACACGACUCCAACGGGAUACACCCGUGUCGAAACAUACAGAACAUGGAUCACUUCUGUGACUCAAAUCUAAGAUUUUGGUGAACAGUAGAACUGCGAUAAAUUUGCGAAUUAAAACUUUAUGUGAGAAUAAA